CUUUAACUCGCUCGGGCAGACUCUCGCUGCUUAGCAAUGAAAGGAUAGUAGCACGCGCAAGUAUCUGAGACCAUUCUUCAAGGCUGGCUCCUGGUUGCAUCGAUAGAAGAGCGCUGGUGAAACUCAGGCAUAGAUUUGCGGCCCCUCUCGAAAGACUGCCGCAGAUGCUGCCCGCAUCACGAGCGAAUGGCGCUGCUCCGGUUGAACAAGGCGAUGCAGCAGAUUCCGCCGCCGAGGCGCGUGAAAAGCAUCAACAGGAAGGAGAGGCCGCCCUGCUCAAGCGGCCUUUCUCUGGUUGGGGGGAUCCUGGCUCUCCAGCAACAAGCGAAGAGAUCGAAAAGCUAAAGAAGGACCUAGGCACGGUUUGCGACCCAUCAGAUCCGACGCGCAAGGUGGCGGCAAAGAAAGCGAACAAGGCAUAUAUGGUGCAUCAGCGCUGGAAGGAGGAACAGAUUAAAUCUGGUAGGAUGGACCCCAAGACGGGCAAGGUCACUCAGGAACCACUGGGGCCGGUCGGGAAAGCAUUCUUUCUCAUGCUCAAAUGGAGCGUCGUCGGCCUGCUUCUCUCCAUGGCCGCAGGGCAAUUUAUUGCCGGAGAUCCCAUAUGGGGGUAUCGUGGCAAAUGGGUUCAGCGCAAGACUUACCUUUCCAAACGACUACGAGUAUUCACACCCGCUGAGCUAGCCUUGUACAACGGACGAGACGAGGACCGACCCAUCUACCUGGCCAUCCUCGGAAACGUCUACGACGUCAGCGCCAAUAAACGAACAUAUGGCCCUGGGGGCAGCUAUCACUUCUUCUCUGGUACCGAUGCUUCCAGGGCGUACGUCACCGGAUGCUUUAAGUACCAUUGCACACACGAUUUGCGCGGUUUGGACGAGGACCAGAUCAAACAAAUUGAGACAUGGAAGAAGUUCUUCGACGACCACCCCACGUACAAGCACGUGGGUACCGUCGAACUGCCAGAGAUCGAUCCAGAGUCGCCAGAACCAAGAUGGGAUUGCUAGGGGUCGACUAUAACGAAGCAAACUAGGAUUGCAUUCUGCAUAGCAGGUGACUACAUGGACACACAGCGGGCUGGAAUAACAUCCGCACAUGCCCUUACAUAAAUCAAUUUGAACUCACCUUGUUCCGCGGCGCAUGAAAGGCUAAAUGUU